AUGGAUUUCGGCGGCAGCCCUCCCAUCGCUACCCGUGCCGGCUUCCUCGCCAUCGCCAUCCUCCCCUUCCAAGUCAUGUUUGCGACAAAGUGGAAUCCCAUCACCAUCCUUACCGGCGUUUCCCACGAGCGGCUGCAAGUGUACCAUCGGUGGUCGGGUUGGAUCAUGUAUGUGCUCGCUCUCGUCCACACUUUCCCCUUCAUUAUCGUCGACAUUCAAAUGGGCAUGAUGGAGGAGACGUGGAAGACCGACUUUUACACUUUCAGCGGGGUCAUCUGUCUCAUCCCGCAGACGAUUCUCGUCCUGUUUUCCAUCGCGGUCAUACGGGACCGAUUCUAUGAGACCUUCAAGUCUAUGGCUGCGUGGUUCAUCGUCAUGCUCUUCCUACACUGUGGCUUUACGUUGACUAGCGCGUACUACUUUGUCGGCUUCGCCGUUACUUACGCCCUCUCCCUCAUCGUCCGCUGGGGCAUCGUCCUCCGAAACGGCUUCCACCACCGGGCCCACAUCGACCUCCUCGAUCAAGACAUGCUGCUCGUCUCCAUCCCUACUACACUCAAAUGGAAACCCGGCCAACAUUACUUCUUCCGUUUCCUCACCCGCGACCUGCACGCAUUGACAUCGCAUCCCUUCACUGUUGCGACCUCGCCUGCUCGACAUGCGGCACAGGGGGAGAGUCGGAUGAAGCUGUAUAUCAAGAAACAUAGGGGGAUGACGGAGGGGUUGUUUACGAAGGCGGAAGGGGGUGAUGUGGGUGUGGUGUUGGAUGGGCCGUAUGGGGGGAUUAAUGGGGAUUUGGGGGAUUAUGAGCGGGUGUUGUUGAUAGGAGGAGGGUCUGGCGGUUCUUUCAUCUCGAGUGCUCUGCAAGACUUGCUCGACCGACACUCGUCGAUCACUUGCAAGGAAGUGACCGUUGUAUACGCCUGUCGCACGUUGGCCGACUCUGCGUGGUUCCUCCAAUCCUUCCUCAAUCUGUCGCGGUCAUCGGAUAUCAAAGUCAACCUCUUCUUCCAUGUCAGCUCGUCGGCGACUACCACCCAGAUCGAGAAAUCGCCAGCUAUGGAUGACGCCAACGAGAAGCUAAUCCAACCCCCUUCCCCCUCCACCUCCCUCCACUUCCUUACCCCCUCCCACUCCACCUCCCCACCCGCCGAGACUACCAACACCAUCCUCCCCAACCGUCCAAACCUCUCUCAACACGUCCGCGAGCUUACGGCUUUCCACGGUACGGCCGGCGUCGCUAUCUGUGGACCGAAAGAGAUGGCGUUUGAUGUGCGGAAUGCGGUGGCGGGGGAGCAGUUGAAGAUCUUUAGCGGGAAUGUGGGGUGUUCGGAGUUGUUUUUGCAUACGGAGGCUUUUGGGUGGUGA